AUGGCCGUCGACGGGAACUGGUCGCACGCAGCGCUCGAGCAAGACCAGCGGACAUAUGGACACUAUGUACACUAUGAACUUGGACCCAGGGGAUAUACUGCUGUGCCCUCUGCAUCCAGGAGCUCUUUGAGUUUCAAACCGCAGGCAGCUACAAUCAGCGUUGAGAGCCCACGCAUGCCAGUGAGUGUCGCCAUGCAACCAGCGACCUGCCGGCAGAGCGAGGCCCGACCACCCACCGAGCCCUACGCCUCGCACAGAAACGGGGACCGCCCAUCGCGUGCCUCCAAAAUGUCUGCGUGCAGCUCCGGGACAGACUAUCGAAAAAUACGCGGCUACGCGAAUCGCCAACAAAGAUCGCCAACGUCACCGCGCUCCUCGUCCUUGUCCAUGCAUCCAUCCCCAGACACGCCUGCAGCCUCGCGCAGCAGAGUUUGCUUGGCAUGCAGCGAACCCGCAGCCUCCGUUACCCGCUUUCCAAAGUUCCCAAGCGUCGCCUUUGUCACGACAAAGAAACCCCGACCACGGCCGAUUGCCGAGACCUUCGAGAAGCCAGCAUCCAAACACGACCAUUUACCCGGAGGUCCAUCGGAACGACGCGAUAUUGCAGCGUCGGAAGCAUCCGUGCUUUGCUUUACCUUCACUUCAAUGCCAUCUCAGAGAAGCUCCAAUGCCGACACCAAUCCACAGCUACGUAGCAGACUCUUUGGCCUGCCGCUCGAGCUUCGACAGACAAUUUACAGCUACCUCUUUCCAGGUGGAGUGCAUGCAUAUUUUCGACACGACAAACUUCGUCUAUCAGCAUGCCUCCAGCCUGAUCCCUACAAAUACAGUAGUGGCGCCGAGCACGUUGUCUGCCCAGAGCCGUUCGAACCUCCAGACAGCCGCUAUCUACUUCGUUUAGGAUCUACAUGGGGCCCGCACUGGGAGUGCGAAGAGGCGGUCAUGGGGGUGAAUCAAAGCCCUGAAACAUCGACAGGCACAGAAUUGGAAAUGUUACAUGUGUGUAGGAGAGCGCGUCAGGAGGUGACAGCAUACAUAACCAACAUAGCAGUCCUUCACAUCACCGGUCCAGAGACAUUGCAAUCGCUCCUCGAACCCGCAAAAUCUCUUGUUCCGCAGCACGUGACUGAUGUAGUCGCCUUGACUAAGAGGUUGAGUAUCACGUUGCGACUUUCCACUCGCACUUUCGAUAGGGUGCAAGAAGCCGUAGCUGGUUAUUCAGCAGACGUUCCGGUAUGGUUGCGGUUUUGCCAGACACACGUCCAGAAUCUUACAAAGCUGCGCGAGUUUCAGCUCUGGGCAGACCACGACCGCGACUGGAGUUGGAGUCGCGUUAAUGAGCGAGCCUUUCUUGCGCCACUUGAGACAUUGGCCGCCAAUUCAGAUCUCAAUAUUAUAGUCAAUCUACCGAAGCUCCAUCCAAAAUACGAAUCCCAGGAUCGUCACUUCACAAUAUAUAGCACUCCCCCAUCCUUCACCAUAACACGACGACUACGACAAUCUUACUAUGCCUUUAGUAGGGGUGAUUCGGAUCAACUUCUUGUACGCUUUGCCCAGGACUUCCCCACCCUCUACCAACACGGGGUCGAUGAUCUGGAGGAAGUUGAACAGAGGGAGAGGAAGAUGUGGGAGAAUGGUGAAGAUUAUAGCUACGUGGGGUUCAUGACAACUACGACUGGCCGAGACGGGGUGACCGUUCAAAUUUUCUAA